AUGGCUUCUGUCACUUCAAUUAUCUUUGUCGCACUCGUUGCAGGAGUCUUAUAUGCCGCCAGAAUGUCCCUCGUCCCUAUUCUCAAAUCUCUAUACAUCCGUCUUUGGAAAGGUGUUAACCAUUUCAUUGAAUGGCACAAACUUCCUACCUGGUUCGCUGUCUUUAAUCUCCUUGCCCUUCGAUAUGAACUUCGCGAGGGGAACUUGCACGAUACAUCCCCCAAUGCAGAAUUCCAGGGUACCGACAAAUGUCCGAUGAGUGACUCCAAGUUCGUUUCUUCAAGAGACUCAGAUGGUCUCUACAAUGAUCUCAAGCAACCCAAGAUGGGAUGUGCUGGAAUGAGGUUCGGUCGCAAUGUUCCGAGGAAGUACACAAAGCCGCCAACUGAACAGGAAUUGCUCACACCCAACCCAAGAGUUAUCUCGGAAAAGAUCCUUGCCAGGCCUGAAGGCCAAUUCAAACCAGCUGAGAUCGUCAAUCUUCUCGCCGCGGCAUGGAUCCAGUUCCAGGUCCAUGACUGGGCGCAGCACUUCCUAGUUACAAACGGCGACAAGGAUAUCGACAUCCCACUCCACAAUAAAGACAAGUGGACUGAACAAUCAAUGAAGAUCCCCCGUACCAAGAAAGCCGAUAUCUUGUCGAAGCAGGAUGCAGAGACACCUGCUUACGACAACGAAAACACACAUUGGUGGGACGCUUCUCAGAUCUACGGAUCAAGCGAAGCCGAAACACAAGCCCUUCGCGCUAAAUGCCACAAGUCAAAGCCUGGUCAACUAGAACUUCAUCUUUCGAAUCCUAGUUGGUCGAGUGAUCAUAUUUUUGAUACAGCCAGGUUGAUCAAUUGUGCUCUUAUGGCCAAGAUUCAUACUGUUGAGUGGACGCCUGGUAUUUUGCAGCAUCCUGCGCUGCAGAUUGGAAUGAACGCGAAUUGGUGGGGCUUGCUCGGUGAUAAGCUUUGGCACGCUUUUGGUCGCGUGUUUGACAACAAGUCUGAAGUCAUCUCUGGUAUCCCAGGUUCAGGCGUAGACCACGACAAAGCACCCUACUGCCUCACAGAAGAAUUCGUCUCGGUCUACCGCCUUCAUUCUCUCAUCCCUGACAAUGUCGCCUUCUUCAACAUUAAAGACGGCCAGCAUGAAGGGACCCUUCCCAUCGUGGACGUUUCGUUUGAGUCUGCUCGUAAACCCUUCGACGAAGGAAAGUCUGGUCUAGGACUUUCCUUUGCCGACGUCUUCUACUCAUUCGGUGUCAAUUAUCCCGGUGCUAUUCGGGCUCAUAACAUGCCCAACUUCUUACGCGAUUUGAAGAUCCCUGCCGAUAAAGACUUUCCUGAGGGGAGACACUUGGAUUUGGGAACUAUCGAUAUUCUUCGAGAUCGUGAGCGAGGUGUUCCUCGUUACAAUGCUUUCCGUCGUCUAUUCCACAUGCCUGCUGCUAAGAGCUUUAUCGACCUCACUGGCGGCGACGACAAACUGGCAUCUGAGUUGGAGGAGGUGUAUGAAGGUGAUCUCGAAGCCGUUGACCUUCUAGUCGGUACACUCUGUGAGCCUCUCCCCAAGGGUUUCGGUUUCAGUGACACAGCCUUCCGCGUCUUCAUCCUCAUGGCCACUCGUCGCAUCAAGUCGGAUCGAUUCAUCGCUGGCGAUGGUUGGUGUCCUGAAGUUUACACGCGCGAGGGUAUGGAUUGGGUGCAGAAGAACACCAUGAAGGAUGUUCUGUGCAGACACUUCCCUGAACUUGCUGCGCCAUUGCAUAAUGUUAAGAAUGCUUUCGCGCCAUGGACGAAGCUUGGCCAGACAGCGGCUUAUGCAGGACCUGAGACGAACAAGGCAAAGUCUUGA